UGUAACUGUGUCGAAGCUGCGUUCUUCUUGUGUUCACGAGCUCCAUCAAGUCUGUAACUCGCGUGGUGUUUCCUGUUUGACGAGAAGGACGCAAAGGUUUUAGAGUACAAGUCGGACCUGAAGCAGUACUGGAAGCGCUCUCACGGUCACGCCAUCAGCAGUAUGUCCAGCUGUCCCCUCUUCCACCACGUCUUCAGGACGCUCGACAAAGCCGGACGUCCCCGCAGGGCCACAGACGAGCCGCCGGAGCCCGCCUCCAUCCUGGUGGGUCACGCUGAGACGCUCCUCCCCCUCCUCUCCCUGCUGGGACUCUACAAGGACCAGACUCCGCCCACCGCCAGCAACUACCACUCACAGCACGGAAGGAGUUUCCGCUCGAGUCUCAUCGUCCCGUACGCCGCCAACGUGCUCUUCGUCCUGUACGACUGCCAGCGAGGCCCGCGCCUGCAGCUGCUCGUCAACGAGUCGCCGGUCCGAUUCCCGGGGCUCGAGAAUGAAGACGCGCCGCUGUACCGGGACGUCAGGGCCGUAUACCGCCACCUGCUGGACGGCUGCGACUUCGAGAAGGAGUGCGAGGGGCGGAGCGUUGGCCGCGCACCGAACAUCGAACUCUGAGCGGAAAAAAAACAAACCGACCUCUGACGCCAUAAAAGAACAGUUCAGACCGAGUGAAUCUUUACCUGGUCACCUGAGAUCACCUCUAUUGACCUCAGCGUCUAGUUUCAGACUGUGAUGAAGAUAUGACCAAUCUUUAAGCCCCGCCCCUUAGCUGUGGCCGGCCAAUCACAGUCCAUCAAUUUAAUUCAACCAGGAAAACCUCGAGAUAGGAAGUAGUGAAGGAUCCUGUGAGCAUGAAAACGGUACGUUCAAAGACGUGGUGGGUCACCUGACCCCCCCAGGUUUACCCCCUCCUCCUUUAUCGCCCCCUGCUGGUGACCUGGUGUUUGUUCCUUUAAGAAAACAGAAGAUGCUGAUGGUUCCUUCCUCGUGUGUGUUUUUCAUAUUGAAUGAUUAGUUCCAGUUUUUCUUAUCAGGUGUGCAGUGUCUACUUCUGAGUCUGCAGGAUCUCGCUGCUGAUUGGCUGCUGACCUUCAGUGUGUUCAGAUGCCUGAUAAGACGCGUACAACCCCAACCUGGUUUCCUGUAAUCUGGUUGGUGAAUUACUGCAGGGGUGACUGAGUUUGUAAGUCUCUUUUUUUAAAGGAGCAGGACAAAUUCAAUUUAUGUUCCGGGGUCAGUUUGCUUUAAACGGUUUCUUCUUCUCAAAGUGUCAAAAUAUUCAAGAAUUUUUUAAACCACAUGUUUUAAAACGAUACAGUCUGUUAUUUUAAUGAUCGAUAUCCAGAGGCGCUGCUUGUCAACAGGCAACUGCUUUGGGGCCCCAGACCAGUAGGGGGCCCCAAAGCAGCGUCCAAAAACAUGCUAAUUUUUGCAAUGGGGGUAUAGGAAACCAGCCUAACGGGUCCCAUCUGACACCACUCCCUCUUGUUUGCCCUGGGCCCAAACAGACUGAAUCAACUCAGAAUCAAAAAUAUAGAAACUUUUGAAAAAACAGAAAGAAUCCAGGAAAGAAAUGCAAGAAGUAAGAGUGCAGGAGUUUUCUUGGAAUUUAUGAUAAUUAAAACAAGACAAUAAACAAUC